AUGAAUACAGUGCUGACUCGACCCUCAUUCUCUGAGGGUAAAUCCCCGGUCAAAAUCCCUGAACCAGGCCCCUCUCAUUACCGCCUUCAUAAUAGUGGAACUUUGGAUCCCUUUUCGCCAGUGAAUGAAAAUGGAAGCUUUGAAUUCGAUCGAGUUUUGAAAACAGGGAGGGUCUCUCGUCGAGUUAAGCACAAACAUGUCUUUCGCGCCUCAUGGAAAGCAGCCUACCUCGUCCUCCGGCCAAACCUCCUUUCCGUAUACAAAGAUGAAGAAACCACCCGCCUCCGAGUCUCCAUUUCCCUAUCUGAAGUGACCGCCGUCGCACCCGUCAAGUCCCCGCGAUCAACCCGGCGCCAUGUUUUCGGGGUCUUUACCCCAUCUACGAAUUACCGCUUCGAGGCCCCGACUGAACGCGAGGCCGAGGACUGGAUCAAUCGCAUUCGAGCCGAGACUCCAGGCGACGAGGACGAGCAAGCUUUCCUAGCUUUGACCCAAAAGCGCGAACCCCCCGCUAUCCACAAACAAUUCGUUGACGAGACAACCGAUCACUCUGACUUCGAUCACACUGGCCGCGCCAGCUCCCCAGAGCCACGCCAUGCACUGUCCCCACGCAGCAAAAAUACCCAGAGACACCCUUACAUCCAGGAUUACUCCGGCAACGAAAUGACUUCCUUUUCAGAGUUCUCUGAUGGCCCCGCGCCAGCACGCGGCCAACUACGAUCUAUGCGCUCCAUCCAUUCACUGUCUGUCCCAACAGAGGAUAAACCAGUACCGCGGCCGUCAACAUCUCUUCCCCGAGACACAAACAAACAGUCCGACCUGGGCGUCCUGCGUGACCCAGAGCGGGUCAUCUGUCAGGGGUACCUGCAGGGGCUACGCAUCCAAGGGACCGUGCGCCAGUGGAAACGACUCUGGGUUGUGCUUCGACCCAAGAGCCUAGCCUUCUACAAGGACGAAGCGGAAUACGCAGCCAUCAAGAUCAUCCCCAUGUCCCAAGUAUUUGAUGCCGCAGAAGUGGACCCGUUGUCGCGAUCAAAGACCUUCUGCAUGCAGAUCAUCGCCGAAGAAAAGACCUAUCGACUUUGCGCCCCAGAUGAAGAGUCCCUCGCGCGCUGGCUAGGCUCGUUGAAGAGCAUUCUCGCUGCACGCAGGAGGUUGGAUCCCGCUCCGGGCACUUCUGUAUAA